AUGUUUCGCACCGUCUUGACGUCGUCUAAGGCCUGCGGCAAUGGACUUUCGGUUCUCGCCGCGCAGGCUGUCCCGACAAGCACCAGAACGUUCGCGACCGUCUCGCCCGUGAGUCCAGCAGCGCGGAGCCACAAGGUCGUGAUCGUCGGUGGAGGGAGUGCCGGCCUCGCAAUCAGCCACCAGCUCCUGCGCACGGGCAAGUUUGCCAAGAACGACAUCGCCGUCGUCGACCCGGCCAAGUGGCACAACUACCAGCCCGGGUGGACGCUGGUGGGUGGCGGCCUCAAGACCAAGGAGGAGCUGCGCAAGCCGCUAGACACGCUGCUGGACCCUAACCUGCGGUUCUACAACGAGGGCGUCAACACCUUUUCGCCCACGGAGAACCAGCUCACGCUCAGCAACGGCGACACCCUCGGCUACGACCAGCUGGUCGUGGUGCCCGGCAUCAGCGUCAACUUCGACUCCAUCAAAGGCCUGCCCGAAGCCCUGGCCGACCCCAAAUCCCUGGUCUCAUCCAUCUACAGCUACGACACCUGCGACAAGGUGUACCCUACCAUCACGAGUCUGCGCAAAGGCAACGCCAUCUUCAGCCAGCCCGCCGGCGUGAUCAAGUGCGCCGGCGCCCCGCAGAAGAUCAUGUGGCUCGCGCUGGACUACUGGAAGCGGGCGGGGCUCUACGACGCCAACAAGGGCGCCGAGUCACCCAUCCAGAUCAGCUUCGCCACCGCCCUGCCGGGUAUGUUCGGCGUACCCAAGUACAGCGCGCGGCUGAACGAGCUGCGGCUCGAACGGGGCGUGGAAGGCUUAUUUCAGCACGACCUGGUGGCUGUGGAGGGCAACACGGCGACAUUCGCGCGGCUCGACGAGCCCAAGGAGCAAGUCACGCGGCACUUCGACCUGCUGCACGUCGUGCCGAAGAUGGGCCCGCACGCAUUCGUCCAGAAGAGCGAGCUGGCCAACGCGGCGGGGUUCGUCGAGGUCGACGACGCCACGACGCGGCACACGCGGUUCGCCAACGUGUGGUCGGCCGGCGACGCAUCGAGCCUGCCGACGUCCAAGACGGCCGCGGCCAUCACGGCGCAGGCGCCCGUGCUGGUGCAGAACCUGCUGCUCGCGCUCGACGGCGGCAGGGCCCCCACGGCCACGUACAACGGCUACACGUCGUGCCCGCUGACCACCGAGUACGGCAAGGUCAUGCUGGCCGAGUUCAAGUACGGCGGCGAGCCGCACGAGACCUUUGGCCGGCUGCUGGGCGUCGACCAGGGCACCCCGCGCCGCGCCUUCUACCACCUCAAGAAGGACUUCUUCCCCUGGGUCUACUACAAGUCCAUGGUCAAGGGCACCUGGGCGGGACCCAAGGGGUGGCUGAAUUAG